CUCGUAAAUACAUUUUCUUCCUUGUAGAAGCAGCCAAAGCUGUGAGUUUCUGUGUAGUGAGUUCCAGCAGUUUGCAGAGGGCUGUUUAAGUGAACGCAAUGGGGAAAAUAGAGUGGGCGAUGUGGGCCAAUGAGCAGGCUCUGGCUUCAGGACUCAUUCUCCUCACUGGAGGCAUUGUGGGGGUGGCUGGACAGUUCAGAGGCUGGCCGUUUGCUGCUUAUGCCGUUGCUGCUGGGGUGUUUGUGUGUCUACUUGAGUACCCCAGAAGCAAGAGGGCCAAGGGCACAAGUGUAGAGAGAACGGGCCAGUACUGCUUCACCGUGUGUGUGAAAUCCUUUGGGCCAGUGACAAGGAACUAUUAUGUUAGAGCUUUUUUACACGCUGCAAUCUGUGUACCUGGAGGUUUUAUGCUUGCAACUGUCCUCGGGUGUGUCUGCCUCGGCAUUGCUAGCCUCAUCUACCUUGCAGCAGCUAUCCGAGGUGAACACUGGGAGCCCAUUCUUCCACAGAAGGAGACUACUCGAAAGACGGACGCAGUCAGUGUGAGGAAUCCUCCGGAGAUGCCACCACCGAGACCUCCUCCCGAGGUGCGCAGGAAACGGGUAGACGACCUGGAGGGAGCAGCCUAUGAAAACCCCAUCCCUGUUAGUGACAAAUGAAUAGUGAAGCUAGUGACUGGACUACAUGUUGGGUCCACACCAUACCGCAACCUGUAGAGAAAUACAUUGAAAACAGAGAAAAUUGUUUCUUAUAGAGAACUGAGAAUUCAAAGGAAGAUGAGUAAAGUGAAUUUUACUUUUGAACAAAAAGACAUGCCAGAGAAGAUACAAAAGUUGUCAAGUCAAAAGACUGUAGGUGAUGUAAAUAUUGUCUACUGUUGUGCAAACCAAUACCUUGUUUCUGUUCCAGCAACCAUACUGCAUAUUUUUUAAGCUGUGUUGCCACCACUAUUGUGUUGCCAUGCAUAGAUCUUACAACAUAUUGUAUUAUACUUACACUGUGUUCUUAACCCAUGUAUUAGUGUAUUUCUUGAGGGCAACUGAUCAAAAUAAUUUAGGACAACAUAACACAGUUUGCUAGGAUUAAAUUGACAUAUUACAUUUUUGCUGUAUCAGGCUGAUAAUAUACAUUUAUUAUAUUGUGUCUGUACUUGGAUGUUUUGUAAAUAAAACCCUUGAGCCCCCUGAA